GAAGUGCUGGGUGGAGGCAGUGGGAUUGCGAGACAAGCUAAACUGACCGUAAAUAAAAGGCCAACAAACGCCCGGUUGGAGGAUAAGAGAUAGAAUGAUGUUAACGGUGCUCAGACAGGUGUUGUGAUGCUGGCUUGCGAUUGUCAAGGAUGCAGUGAAAGAUGUUCCGCAAAGUCAAGAAACGCCACAGCAGCAGCAGUUCUCAGAGCAGUGAGAUCAGCACCAAGAGUAAGUCUGUGGACUCCAGUUUAGGAGGAUUGUCCAGGUCGAGCACCGUCGCCAGCCUCGACACAGACUCCACCAAGAGCUCAGGAAACAGCACAUCAGAAACCUGCGCAGAGUUUCGUGUGAAGUACGUGGGAGCCAUUGAGAAGUUGCAGUUUGACAUGAGCAAGACGCUCCACGAACCUCUCGACCUCAUCAACUACAUUGAUGCCGCUCAGCAAGAUGGAAAGCUGCCAUUUGUGCCAGGAGACGAGGAGAUGAUUCUGGGAGUGUCGAAACACGGAGUCAAAGUGGCCUCUCUGGACCAGUGUGACGUGUUGCACCGUCACCCUCUCUACCUGAUUGUCCGCAUGCUCUGCUACGACGACGGCCUGGGUGCGGGGAAGAAUCUCCUGGCCCUGAAAACCACCGACCCAAAACAGGAGGGGUGCAGCAUCUGGGUGUACCAGUGCACCAGCUCCGAGCAGGCUCAGUCCAUCUGCAAGGUCCUGUCAGCUUCGUUUGACUGCGCUCUCGUCUCCGACAAGUCCUGACGCCCGAGGAAUGAUGCAGAUGAAAGAAAAGCAGCUGCUGCCUUUCUGUGCUGAGCGGGUCACUUUUCUGUGUGUGUUGUUUUCUGGCACCGAUCGGCAAACAAUGUGAAGGAAUGAAGGAAAAAUGGGGGUGUUUGCAUUCCUUUGAAGGCAUUAGAGGUUUGUAGUGAUAUUAUUUUAAUAGUAACGACAUUUAGUACAGUAUGUGGUACACGAUCACUUGAUUUAGUGACAACGCGGUGCAACCAUGUGGGUACGAUUUUUGAAAUGUGCCACUCGGCCUUGAUUUAAAGACUUGAUAUCAUGAAGAACAUCAUUUUAAUUGUUAUAUUCUUGUUCCCAAUAAUGUUGUUGAGGUACUAAGGUUCAUUACCAUAGAAAUCCAAAUAAACUGGAUUUUAAAGGAUUCCGGGAAACAUUUCCGGCACGUCAUCUUUAUUAUUAUUAUUAUUUUUCUAUAUUUGUGUCACCAUUGUCCAGUGGUGCAGUACUGAAGAUUUGUUUGACAUUAAAGGAGUGGAAUUAUUUGAAUUGUUUCGUAUUCUUUAGGAGCUUUCACUUAUUCACCACCAGAGGGCGCGCUUGACACAUAAUGCGAGAAUACUGUACUGCAAUUCAUGUGACUGUAAAGUGGGGAAUAAAGAAAAAAAUCAGUAUUUGACAAUGCAACCCGCUAGAAGAAACUGCCAAAAAAACAUUAUUUGAACAGAUAUUACAAAUGUGUACCAAAAAACGUCAUAAAAUAGAAUAACUACGUUGCUUUAUUUAGCUGCAAGAGCGAUGCAAAAAUAUUUAGAAUGUCAUUCAAGUAUUCUAAACGAGUUCUACUAGGUGUCCUUGAGGCUGACAAGUAGAGAUAAGAGUAUGGCCUGGUGGUGGUUUUGUUGACGCAGCAACUAUCUCUCAUAAUAUUUUCAUUACAAGACAUUUUCUCAUGGCUGCUAACGGAAGUGGAAGAUGCAGUUCCCUCGUGGCUUGAACAGUAGAUAAGUGGAUCUGACCUGUGACCACCUGCUUAUAAGCACAAGUCUUUGAGACUGACGAGUGAACAAAUGCAUUUGGAAGCGCAAUGGCCAUAUUUCAGCUAAAUUACCGUAGCUAAAUAAUCAUAUUCAUUGAUGUAGCCGAAUUUAGAAUGGCCACGGGUGUGGGGGAUUGUACUGACCUCUCAUCCCUACUCUGUGACUCUGGAUUGCAGAUGUUUGUCAGGGUGCUGGAGGGGGUUGCAUUUUAAUUUCAUACGGGAUUGGAGGUCUGCUUGCCAGACAGGGUCAGUGUGGGUCUCGGGUUCUUCAUUUAGCAGUUUACCAGGAGACGCUGCGGAUCUGCAAGAAUGUGUGAACACUGCAUGCCCGGUUUGUGAUUUAAAGUACCGGCCUCGUUUUUUUUCCCCACUGCCUGCUGCUCUGAUACUACCUUUACUGCUGGUUUGGGAACAUCAGCAGCCCGGGGAAAAUGAAUCCAAGUAUGUACAGUAUGAUGGUCACGUGAAACGUAUUUGGUUCAGGAAAUAACCCAGCACAUAGUGAUGACAUGUAACUGUCUCAAUACCAGCAUGAGUGCAGAUCUGGUUCAUCCUGUUCUUCUCUUUACCGGUGCAGUAGAAAAACCUCCCCUGUGAUUAUUCACGGAAGUAUGCAUAAGAAAGAAUGGGUUGUGUGUCUUCAUUGAUGCGUUCAGGCAUCAAGAAAUGCAUAAGAAAUUAUAAACUGUCUAUAUAAACCUUCAGUUCUCCCAUGGGAUACAUAAAGCAGUGUAAUGGUAUGUCUACUAAGCAAUAACGCGCUUCUUGAGACCUCCAGAUCAGGUUUUCUAUUAUAGCCUGAUGUAACAUAUAGCAUAGCAAAAGAUGAACAAAUGUUUUUUUUUUCAUGAAGUUUUUCAGGGGAAGCAUGAUGAAUUAGUGGUUGGAGAUCGAUGUUCGGAUCUCCUAGUUCUGCAUGUUUUUUUUUCUUUUUUUUCAAUGUCCAUGUUGACAAAUUUCCAGUAAUUUAAGAUGUAACAUUGUGACUGUGA